AAAAGACAAAACUCAACUAACUACUAAUCUAACCUUUAACUAACCAGAGCGUCUAAUAAAAUAUCUUACAUUACUCAAAGAAGAAGAAAAAAAGGAUAACAUAGUAAUUAAAUAAUGAAGUACAUGCUCGGAACGAAUUAACAUCAAGUUGUAAUAAAGCCCGUACUCAUGCGGGAUUUCUCCCCCAAGGGGACCUGGACCAGCCAGAACCACUACCACAACUAGAUGAAAGCCCUUGACAAAAUGGUGAAGAAAGAGCUUUAAGCAGUUACACAGACUGGCAAACAUCUGACUGUUGACAGCACAUGUUCACUGUGUGGAGGAGAAUUCAACUGACAGACACCCACACUGGCACCCAUGAAGAAACCAUGGAAAUGUGGGGAGUGUGGGAAGGGAUUCAGAUUCCCGUCCUGGCUGGAAACUCAUCAACGCACUCACACUGGGGCUGACUCCAUGGAGAAACCAUGGAAGUGUGGGGACUGUGGGAAAGGAUUCAAUUACCCAUCCCAGCUGGAAAUUCAUCGGCGCAGACAUACUGGAGAGAGGCCAUUAUCGUGUUCAAAGUGUGGAAAGGGAUUCAUUGAUUUAUCCAGCUUACAAAUACACCAGAGAAUCCACACUGGUGAGAAACCGCUUAUCUGUUCCAAGUGUGGGAAAGGAUUUGCUCAUUUAUCUAGUUUACAUGUACAUCAGAGAAUUCACACCGGGGAGAAACCAUUCACCUGUUCCGAGUGUGGGAAGGGAUUCGCUCAGUCGUCCAACUUAUAUAAACACCGAAGAACUCAUACUGGGGAGAAACCAUUCGCCUGCUCUGACUGUGGUCGGGGAUUCACUCAGCUAUCCAGCUUACAGAAACACCAGAGAACUCACACCGGGGAGAAACCAUUCACCUGCCCUGACUGCGGGAGGCGAUUCACUCAGUUAUCCAGCUUGCAUUCGCACCAGAAAACCCACACUCGUGAGAAACUGUUCACUUGCUCCAAGUGUGGGAAGGGCUUCACCCAGUCUUCUGCCCUGCUGACCCAUGAGAGAGUUCACACUCAUGAGAGACCUUUUCAAUGUCCAGACUGCGGAAAGUGCUACAAAAGUUCUGGGGAGCUGAUGUCCCAUCAAAUUCUUCACACUGAUGAGAGACCAUUCAGGUGCUCUCACUGUGGAACUGGGUUCAGGCGGUCAACUCACCUUACUGUACAUCAGCGUAUUCACACAGGCGAGAGGCCAUUCACCUGCUCCAAGUGUGGGAAGGGAUUCACUCAGUCGUCUGCUCUGCUGAGGCACCAGCAAGUUCACGAAUGACUUGGAUUUUAAAGUUAUUGCUGCUAUUAAUCACACUCAGGAUCAAACGUAGGGUAAUCCUAGGUUGGGGUAGGAAUGUUACCCAGCUGCUGUCUUCCAUGGUUAAGAGCUUCUCGACUGAAAAUGUGUUGCUGGAAAAGCGCAGCAGGUCAGGCAGCAUCCAAGGAACAGGAAAUUCGACGUUUUGGGCAUAAGCCCUUCAUCAGCAUCUCCAGAGUCUGCAGACCUCACUUUCUCCUCCUAAGAGCUUCUCAACAUCAAACACAAGCUCCUUUGUAACUGGGUUUAGAUUCAGCAAGAACAACAGCAAUGUUGGAAACGUUCACCCAGAGAUUGGGUCAAACUGGCUUCUGUUCCUGACUGAAAGUGAAGUGGCAGGUUCACGUUUCCAGUUCGAAAAUGGCUGAUUCUUUUUGUGGAGAAAGUGAGGUCUGCAGAUGCUGGAGAUCAGAGCUGAA